AUGAAGGAGAAGAAGAAUAAAAAUUUGAAAGAUCACGGUUAUACCUCUUCAUUUUACACCACACUUUCGCGAUUCCACACUCAUUCCUCUGAAUGCUUCAUCGGCGGCGCUAUCAGCCUUGCACCGCCGGCUCACCGAACCUCCAUUGCACUCAACUUCCAUCGGCCUUGCUCGCAUUGCUCCCUUCCGUCGCACCCCUUCCCGGUUUUUCUUCGUCGCAACCCUUCCAUCGGCCUUGCUCGCAUCGCUCCCUUUCGAACCCUAAUGUGCGUUUCUCUCUUCGAUAUCGCCACUAGUGCUUGCUCUUUUCCGUGUGUUGCUGUGUUUCUCUCUUCGAUCUUGCCUCAGCUGUGCAGGUUCCUGAAUGCAUUGAAUAGUUUCAUUUUUAUUGAUGAGGAAGAGGAGGAGGAUUUAAUUUGA